AUGUCGCUUCUUUUACUUGAUCAACUCUCAGGGACAAGUCGUAUCUGUUUCAAGAGUUCAAUGGAAGAACAAAGAGCUAGUGGUCUUACGGACAGGGUGGUGCAGUUUCAAAAUGUGGGAUCAAGGGACGGAUGUGAAGCUCCCCAUAAGUGGUCAUCCUCUGGAGGAGGAAAGAAAAUCGACGUAAGAAACCAGAUCUUCUGCAAUAGAUCUUUGAACAUGAAGAAUAUCAUUGCCGUAGGCUUUGAUAUGGACUAUACUCUGGCCCAGUAUAAGUCUGAAACUUUUGAGUCCCUAGCGUAUGAAGGCACUGUGAGGAAGUUGGUAUACGAUUUAGGGUAUCCAAGAGAGCUGCUGGAAUGGACAUUUGAUUGGAACUAUAUGGUUAGAGGGUUGGUUCUAGACAAAAAGAAAGGAAACAUCUUAAAGAUGGAUCGCCAUAAGUAUGUGAAGGUGGCUUACCAUGGGUUUAAGGAGCUCUCUAAGGAGGAAAAAGUUGAUGUCUAUGGGACUAGCCUAGUACGAGAUUCUUUUGAUGAGCCUGACUACGCUCUCAUUGAUACUCUCUUCUCUUUGGCCGAAGCCUAUCUCUUUGCCCAACUCGUUGACUUCAAAGAUAACAACCCUGAUAAAAUCCUCAAGGACGUUGAUUAUGGUCGCAUGUAUAAAGAUGUCCGGUCUGCUGUUGAUAUGUGCCACCGUGAUGGAACUUUGAAGCAGAUGGUGGCAAAGGAACCAAAUAAGUAUAUCAACGAGGAUGCUACCAUUGUACCUCUGAUAAAAAUGAUAAGAGAUUCCGGACGCUCAACAUUCUUGGUGACCAAUAGUUUGUGGGACUACACAAAUAUUGUGAUGAACUUUCUCUGUGGAGGCCGCACUGUACAUGGUCCUGAUCCUUGCAACUUUGAUUGGCUCCAGUACUUUGAUGUUGUGAUCACUGGCAGUGCAAAACCUGGUUUCUUCCAUGAGGAGAGUCGUGUCAACCUUUUUGAGGUGGAACUUAAGUCAGGGAUGCUGAUCAAUACUGACAAUGGAACACCUAUGGCUCAGAUUGGAGAUCCUUCGCCAAAAAUUCCAAUGAAGAGUAAAGACAAAGCGUGUCGAGUUUUCCAAGGUGGGAAUGUUGGUCAUCUUCACAGUCUGCUCUCCAUCCAGUCAAGUUCACAGGUCCUUUACGUUGGCGAUCACAUAUACGGUGACAUCUUGCGCAGCAAAAAAGUACUCGGGUGGAGGACGAUGCUUGUUGUUCCGGAACUUGAAAAGGAGGUUGAACUUCUGUGGGAGCUUAGGGACGCGCGUAAGGAACAAAUUUUGAUGAGGAAUGAGCGUGACUCAGUGGAAGAUAAGAUCCAUCGCUUAAGCUGGUCUUUGAAGUUUGAAGAUAUCAACGAGAAAGACAAGCAGGAAAUGCUAUCAGCGGUUAAGGACUUAGUGUGUAAAAGGGAUGAAGUCCGACUAAAUCUUCAAGAAGCUCAAAGAGACAGUCACAAAAAGUUUCAUAAGGUCUGGGGGCAAUUAAUGAAAACUGGUUACCAGAGUUCUAGAUUUGCUCACCAGGUGGAGAGAUUUGCAUGCCUGUACACGAGCCAAGUAUCUAACUUGCGCUUGUACUCCCCAGAAAAGUACUACAAACCAAGUGAGGACUUCAUGUCCCAUGAGUUCCACCUUCUCCCCCUUUGAUUUGAUCCGAUCAGUGAGAUAGCUAAAGAAAGUCCAUCUGAAGUCAAGAGAGUAUUUAUCUAAGUUAUUGUUUGGUUUGGUUGGGUGCUUAUUCUUCUUGUUCACAAGCUCCCUUUAUCUCUUCUUUUACUCAUUGCAUUUUCAGUUUCACUUUGGUACGAACUAUA